GGCUUUGGGCGCUUCGGCGGAGAAGCGGAAAACGUUGGUGUCGUGGUCGUCCCGCGCGAGGGCGAGGUGGCUCAACCGGAGAGCCCGGGCAAGUUCGUUUUCGUGGCCUCUGCGGCUCCCGGUGAUGUGGCGAGCUUCAGCUCUACGAAAAUCCGUGAAUCCUUCAAGACAGCCGGGCCAGAAGAGCACCAAUACCUCUGCCAUGCCAUUUGUGAGGAAGCGGCCGACUUCAUCCUGCGCCCCAGCGCCGAGCAGCGGGCAGCGUACAAAGAGGAUUUCAAGAAGCUGGAACAACAGCUGAUCGCCUCCGAUGCAUAG